CUCGGCUGCCGGGGUCUGGACCCUCGGGGUGGGGUCAGCCCGGGGGACUGCCUGGUGGAGGCGGCGCUCCCGGGGCGGAGCUGCCCCGAGUCCCGCCCUGCGGACCCGUCCCCAGUCCAUCCCUCAGCCCCGGCUGGGUUUUGCACUGUGCGGGCAGAGCUGCCGGCGCAUCGGGGCCAUGGACACCCCUGGCGCCCCAGCCCGACCCGCAGCCCCCGGCCCGGGCAGGAAGGAGCUGAAGAUCGUGAUCGUGGGCGACGGCGGAUGCGGCAAGACCUCCCUACUCAUGGUGUACAGCCAGGGCGCCUUCCCCGAGAACUACGCACCAUCAGUGUUCGAGAAGUACACAGCCAGCGUGACCGUGGGCAGCAAGGAAGUGGUCCUGAACCUGUAUGACACGGCAGGGCAGGAGGACUACGACCGGCUGAGGCCCCUGUCCUACCAGAACACCCACCUUGUGCUCAUCUGCUAUGAUGUCAUGAACCCCACCAGCUACGACAACGUCCUCAUCAAGUGGUUCCCUGAGGUCACGCACUUCUGCCGCGGGACCCCCAUGGUUCUCAUCGGCUGCAAGACAGAUCUGCGGAAAGAUAAGGAGCAGCUACGCAAGCUCCGUGCUGCCCAGCUGGAGCCCAUCACCUAUUCCCAGGGCCUGAGCGCCUGUGAGCAGAUCCGUGCGGCCCUCUACCUGGAGUGCUCAGCCAAGUUCCGGGAGAACGUGGAGAACGUCUUCCGGGAGGCCGCCAAGGUGGCCCUCAGUGCACUCAAGAAAGCUCAACGGCACAAACAGCGCCGGCUCUGCCUACUGCUGUGACAGCCUCCUGGGGGGCCACUGGGAGAACAUUCUGGAAUGCUCUCCUUCCCUGUGGAGCUCAACAGUGAUGACUGAGGGUGUGGGCCAGGAGCCCAUGCUCAUCCCAGGACUCGGGUGGCCUCACAGCCUCGGUGCGCGCUCCCAGGCCUCUGCCUGCUGGGCUCUCCAGAUAGCCUCGGCCGCAUCCUCCCGCUGCUUCCUUCUCUUCCCCAGGAACCUGGGGCCUAUCAGGGAGACACAGACGACAUCCACUCCCGCUCCUCUGCCCUCCCCCG